UUGGCAGUUGGCGUAUCUUUCUAUUUAAAGUAAUUUUUUAAUUUUUUAAUUAUUUUUUUGGAGCAGGAGGGGCAGCUUUAUAUUUUUUUCUGGAUUUAUUUUUUUGGUGCGACGCCUAAAGAAGAAAAAAUUCUGAGACGUGACUGAGACUUUUCCUGUUGAUUAGAUCAAAAGUGGGAACUGUAAUUUGAACUAUAUCAUUUAUUGACACACUAGGUUGAAAAAAGGGAACUUUGGGAAACUUGAAACACCCUUCACAUUAAUUCAGCCCCACAGUACGAACAACAGAUCACCAAAUCGGUAAUAAAUAUAUUUGCACUCUGUAUAGCGUACCAUGGACCUGUUGGUACCUUCGAACACCUCGAUCAAAGACUUUGCAUACUCUGAAACACAUCCUCUUUACACGGGCGCCCACGAUGAAGACAUGGACCAACGUUCGACAGACGAAGAUGAAUAUGAAGUGGAAGAGGAAGAAUAUUCUUCGGAUGAGAUAAAUCGUAAGGCUGUAGCUCUUUUCGAUUUUGUACCUGAAAACGACAAUGAAGUUGGACUUCGUGAAGGUCAACUCAUUUGGAUUUCCUAUAGACAUGGACAAGGAUGGUUGGUUGCAGAAGACCCAGAGACUGGAGAAAACGGGUUGGUUCCAGAAGAAUACGUUGAGAUUUGGGACUAUGAUGAAGAGAGAGAUGAAGCAGGGGUCAUAGAUGAAGAGGUGGAGCAAGGACGUUCGUCACAUGUAACUGGAGGUGGUGGUGGUGUUGAAGAAGAGGAUGAUGACACACCAAAGAGGUUUUUACCCAACAUUUUACACUAUGAAGAGGAAGAAUGGGUUGAUACUGAUGAUGAAGAGGAAUCUGAGAAUCAUCAUCGUUAGAAGAGAAUGAGAAAAUUCGUAGACGCGUUUCAGAUACUAGACAAUGGGUCUCACCGAUUAGGGUCCCAGUGAAGCAGCAUACAUUCCUACUGGGAAGAAGGUGCGACCACUCUACGUUGCAGGCCGCUCCGCUGGCACUCCGUGGGCCACUAGCCGUGGUGGCCUUGUUCCUCUAACGAGGAAGGUAGGCUGAUCAGUAGAUCUCCUCGUAGAGGAGCUAGGCACCACGCAGUGGCUCUCCCCGAGUAGGGGCCAGCGGAGCGUCAAGGAGCCCCGCGGGGAUAAAGGUAGUUCCCACCCUACGGGGUUUUGCGAGCCGCUCCACUGGCACUCCGUGGGCCACUAGCCGUGGUGGCGUUGUUCCUCUUCGAGGAGAUCAUCUCCUUACACAAUUCGCAGGAGCCCUCACAUGGAACGUCCGUCGUACUUCGUGCCAAAGUUCUCCAAUAACACUAUUUCGAGACUGGUGAUACGUCUCCGUGCUGUGCUCUGAUGGAAUAGGAGUCCAUGAAUGAUGAUAGUCUACAAAGUUGAUUGAGAAGAAAUUGGAAAGGGGAGUUUGAGAUGUAAAUUAUUUAGAGAUGGUCAGGAAAUUGGCGAUUGGAUUAAUCUUCCAAUAGACAAUGUGACAUCUCAAGUUUGUAACAUAUAUUGUAAUAAUACCAAUCAUAGU